AUGACAACACAGGAUCCAGACCAGUUUAGUUCAUUCGAUAGUAAUGAUAACGAAGAUAUAAUUCCACCUAGCGAACGUGAAUUUGAAGUAAAUGAGUUAUCCGCAUCAGAUAUAUCAGAAAAUUUACAUAAUUUAGAUAAUGAAUCAAAUACAGGUCUACCUGAUCAAUCUACAUCACAUAAUAGUGGUGUUACAGUUAUGGUUGCUAAUAGUUUAGAUAAAUGGAUUCAAAAAAGAAAAGUUUUUACCCGUACUAAAAAAUCGAGACCCGGAGAAAAAAGUUGGAUAUGGGACUACUUUAAAAAAUAUCCACUUGAAAAAAAAAUAUUGUGUCGUGUUAAAAUAACAAAUGAAAAUGGUAUUGAAAAAACUUGUGAUCAUAAUUAUGAAAUAACAACCGGCACAGGAAAUUUAAAAUCUCACCUUCGCCAAAUUCAUAGAAUUUUGCCUCCCGAGGAAAAUAACAAUAAACCAACACAAAUAAUUUCAAACCAACAAUCUUUACAUAACUUUUUAAAUAACAAAACACCUUUAUCAUUUUCAAACCAAAAUAAAAUUACUAACCGUAUUUUAGCUUGGAUCGUAGAUGAUUUACAACCGUUUUAUCUAUUGCAAAUAAAUGUUUUCGAGAUAUGA